AUGGGUUCUCUUCAAGCAAUCACGGAGCACAAUGUGCUCAUCGAAUCUUUUGAAGUCACCGACUUGCGCUUUCCCACAAGCCUAGACGGUGUCGGUUCGGACGCAAUGCACGUUGGAACAAAUGGAUCACAUCCAUACAUUCAGUUAAAGACGAACCGGCCAGACCUCAUCGGUGAAGGCAUCGCAUUCAGCAACGGACGGGGCAGCGAGCUAAUCUGCAUGGCUCUCGAAAUCUUUGCCAAACGAGUUGUCGGUAAGACAAUGCACCAAUUGACCCGUGACAUGGGUAAAACAUGGCGCUACAUGGUCUCCGACUCGCAAUACCGGUGGAUCGGACCCGAGAAGAGCGUCACACAUCUCGCCGUCGCUGGUGUUCUGAAUGCGGUCUGGGAUCUGUGGGGUAAGAUUCUCGGCAAGCCAGUUUGGAAGAUCGUCUGCGAUAUGAGCCCAGAGGAGAUUGUUCGUUGUAUAGACUUCCGGUACAUCACUGAUGUUAUUACACCGGAGGAGAGUAUCGAGAUGCUUCGCAAGACGCACAAGAACAAGGAGGCGCGAUUGCAAGAGGCGUUAGAGAAUCGGGCCGUCCCCGCUUACACGACUUCUCCGGGCUGGCUCGCAUUUUCUGGUGAUCGCAUGAAGGAGGUGCUAGAGGAGACUAUUGCGGCUGGCUAUACUGUGUUCAAAUUCAAGGUGGGAACUAGUAUUGAGGCUGAUCGAGAACGGCUAUCAGCUGUUCGAGAGGUGUUGGGAUAUGAUAAGGGUCAUCAGAUCAUGAUUGACGCCAAUCAGGUUUGGAGUGUACCACAAGCGAUCGAGUAUAUGAAGCAUUUGGUCGAGUUUAAGCCCGUCUUUAUUGAGGAACCAACGAACCCAGACGAUGUGCUUGGGCAUGCUGCCAUUCGCAAAGCCCUCAGACCAUAUGGAGUCGGAGUGGCCACUGGUGAGGCAGCUCAGAACCGUGUUACCUUUAAGCAGCUCUUGCAGGCAGAGGCUACGGAUGUUUGCCAAAUCGAUGCUGUGCGGCUGGGCAGUGUCAAUGAAUGCUUGGCUGUUAUGCUCAUGGCUCUGAAGUUCAACGUUCCUUGUGUCCCUCAUAAUGGUGCAAUGGGCUUGACAGAACUCACUUCGCAUCUGAGUGUCAUUGACUACAUUGCUAUUAGUGGCCAGAAGUCGAUGCUGGAGUUUGCAGACAGCCACCGGGAGAACUUGAGGCACCCUUCGAAGAUUGAAAAUGCCUACUAUGUUACACCUUUGGAACCAGGGUACUCGACCGGCUAUGCGGAGGGUGUGUUGGAGAAGUAUACCUACCCAAAUGGUACUUUCUGGUCGAGUGAUGUAGGGCAGAAAAUAAUGGCUUCGCCGACGGGUGGAGAGCUAUAA